GCGCCUGUGCCGUGCGUACAACAGAGGCAGCCGAGUGGGCAGAGCCGGCAGUUGUACCUGCAGCACCAGCGCCGGCGGACAGCUCCUCUGCGCUCCGCCCGCCGCCGCCUCCGCCGCCAGCCUCCGGGUGCCGGGAAAGCCUUCGCCGAGGAGGAGCCAGAGGAGGAGCCGGAGCCGAGCAGGAAGAAGCCGAGAGGAAGCCCCGACGCGCCGCCGGGGAUCCGGGCUGGAGGAGCUGCGGAAGCCGGAGGAGGAGGAGGAGGACCAGCACCCGAGCCCACCAGCCCUCCCCAAAGUUCCCGGCAACUUCGUGGCGCCCGGACAGCUCGGCCAUGGAAGAACCCCAGCUGAAAGGAAUCGUGACAAGGUUAUUCAGCCAGCAGGAAUUCUUCCUGCAGAUGCACCCAGAUGGGACGAUUGAUGGGACGAAGGACGAGAACAGCGACUACACUCUCUUCAAUCUAAUCCCUGUGGGUCUUCGCGUGGUGGCGAUUCAGGGGGUGAAGGCGGGCCUUUACGUGGCCAUGAACGCCGAGGGCUAUCUCUACAGCUCAGACAUCUUCACGCCAGAGUGCAAAUUUAAGGAGUCCGUUUUUGAAAACUACUACGUUAUAUAUUCCUCUACGCUGUACCGGCAGCAGGAAUCCGGGAGAGCCUGGUUCUUGGGGCUCAAUAAAGAAGGGCAGAUUAUGAAGGGGAACCGGGUGAAAAAGACCAAGCCAUCAUCACAUUUUGUACCGAAACCCAUAGAAGUGUGCAUGUACAGAGAGCCAUCGCUGCAUGAAAUUGGAGAGAAGCAAGGCCGCUCCAGGAAAAGUUCGGGGACGCCCACCAUGAACGGAGGCAAAGUCGUCAACCAGGACUCGACAUAGCUGAGAGGACAGACACCCGCCCAUCCCUGCAUCCGAGGCCUUUCCCACCCACCCCCUCCCUCCCUCCCACCCACCCACCCACUCAUCCCACCCAGCGAACCCUCACCGAGGCAGCGGCAGGCGGAGGAGCAAGGCAGGAGCUUCCAGUAGCGGCUAAGAUUCUGAACUCAACCCUUUUUUCCUUUGUGUAGGACGAGGAGAUCUUGCCUGUUGCAACGUUUUAGAGUACAAAACACACAACCAGCCACACAUGCCCAAAGCCAAGGGGGGAAGGGGAGAAAGGAUAUACGUGGAUAUAUAUAUAGAGUUAUAUAUAUAAAUAUAUAUAUUUUCAAUCGGGACUCCAUUAACAUGAAAAAUAAAAUAAAAAUAACAACAGAUAAAAGCAGCAAAACUGUUUGCUCCGUGAUCCAAGGGGGAGGGGAAUUGUUCAUCUCUGCAUAAUAACGACUAACAAUAAUUAUAACAGAUUAUUAUCUAACAAAUAAUAAAUGACUAAAUAAAUAAAGGUGUUAUCUUUAAAAAAUAAAACGAAUUUGCUUUUGGAGAA